AUGUCAAGCCCUCCGUCUGUAUCAGAAAAUACCUGGUCUGGACCCCUGGUGACACCUGUUGCGUCUGCCCAAAAUGAUUGCUCUGACGGGCCUGAACGCCGUCAUCACAAGCAGCCGCGCCACCACGCCCGGGAUCAGCUCCUCCACCAUGGCAUCCAAGAAGCUCCUUCUCCUUCCCGUGCUGAAUCCCCCACCGCUCAUCAAUGGGCCAAACCACCGGCCGGAUUCGCUCUAAAAAGGGCCACAACCGUCCCCCACGAAAAGCUCGCCCGUCCUGACCUAUUUCACAGCCCCCAGUUGUCGGAGAGAGAUAGCAUCUUUGCUACCCACUACCUCCCUUCUGAUAACGAACUUAGUAAUUCGCCGCAGCUUCCGCCCGAAGGAGACACAGAUAAUGAACUGUCCACGAGCUUGAAUCUUGCCGGCGAAAAUGCAUCCGCUUCUCCUUCUCCAAUUCCCUCUUCCAAGGUCCUCCCCCGUCACACUAUCGCCAACCUCUCCCACAUGGAAGUUGACGUCCACAGAAAUCCUUCCUUCCCUCCGUCACUAUUACCGUCUGCUAUACCGACUCGUCGUUCCCCACUGUUUUCGGUCGGUCCUGAUGUAGACCCGGAUCGGCAGCACGAGACGGCUCAACGAAGCCCGCAGAUCUCGGGCUGGGAGAGUUUGCAACCUCUGCGCAAGACGGCCUCGAAUGGUACCGCUGUUGAGUCUCCGGAGGAGUCGCUCAUCAGCCGCAGUUUGAUCUCUUCCUCCCUCAAUGAUGCAUCUUUUCUGCAGCGCCACUCAGUGGUCCCCUUAGACCGUCUGCCUGCAGAGACCCAGCACGAGAAAACGUCAUUUCCAAAGCUCGACCAGCCUUCACGGCACGCUGCGCCUGAACUUGGAAUUGGUCGCAGCUCGAGCCGUGGUCGUCGUGGCAGAGUAGAUCACUCGAUCGAGGCAAACCUGACUAACGUAGAGCCGACGUCUCAUGUGCGCAGCCGUAAGUCAAGCCAUUAUCUGGGUCUAUUUAAGGAGAAUACUACUUCACCGGAUCGCAAAAGAAGGGAGGAACGUGGAAGACGGCACGAUGACUCCCUAGAGCCAUUGGACAAGCAUCAACCUGCUAUCCACUCUGAACCUCGCCGCCUUCCGGAAUUCUCUGACUCACAGCCUCAAUUGCUGGUGUCCACGGAUGAUUCUAAUCUUCGAAGCUCGAAAAGUUUAUCUCACCUGUCAAUGGCUGAUGCUCCGGUGAUCACCCCGAUCCCGGAGGUCGAGACGUCGGAGCACACGGUGAGCGAUGAUGUUAGGAAUCCUUAUAAAACCCUGCCUCGCAGCUUACUUGAGGAGAUCCGCAAUUUCCAUUUAACUCCAGGCGGUGCUCGCGGUACUUCGUUUUCCAAAAGCAUCCCCACACAAUUUGCAGAAGGCGGCAGGGAUUACUUCUCGAAGGAGGUCCCCGGUCUCUCACCUUCGUCGGAUACAGAUCGAGAACGACGCCGUGGCUCUGCACAAUAUGAAGAUGAAGACGAUGAACAAAUUUCGUCCGCUGUGUAUUAUCCCCAUGAGCGCGUCACUGUUUCUGAAGAGGUUGCGCAGGUCCAGUCUUAUCCGGAUGGUCAACUUGGUGCGGAACCAUUCGACCCAUCGCCCACGAAGAGUAGUCACGUUCUAGUGCCCAAGAGACAUAGCGUCUCUGAUGAGCAAGAAAUCAAUCAUGUGGAUAUAUCUCUUCGAUCUAAAAAUGAUAGUAGAAUUCUGCACGGUGAUCUGCAAGACAGACAAGCUCCACAAUUAGAAGAGUUGAUUGAAAAGCCCCCGAGCGCCACAACCGAUCGCAGCAGUGAGUAUUCAACUUGCGGAUCGGAGUUUGGCUCGGCGGAUGAAAGUGGCAUGUCUACUCGCGACGAAGAGUCGAGUGUGACCGAUGAGGCUGAAAUGACACCGACUGCGACACCAACUCAACGUCAACGUAUCCCCCGCCGUGAACGCAAGCACAGUGCAGCGGCCCCUUUGGGUGCGGUAGAAUUGAAACCUUACCGGCAUCAGGUGGGUGGCCAUACGACCGUCUUCCGUUUCUCCAGGCGCGCUGUGUGUAAACAGCUCAAUAACCGGGAGAAUGAAUUCUAUGAGCGCAUUGAACGCAGACACCCGGAGAUGCUCAUGUUCCUUCCAAGGUACAUCGGUGUGUUGAAUGUAACCUUCUCUAAAACCCCCAAGCGUUCCAAGUUAACGUCAGAGGGUAAUACGGAGAUUUCAAAUGCGGAGCCUGCCACGGGUGAGACAAACGGUGCCCAGCAGACCAGUUCAAUAACUGCCGACGGUUCUCGUAUGUCUGAAACCGUGGAUCAGCCACGGAUUUUUAGUCAGAAACAAGUCACUGGAAUCAUUCCUAAGGUGAUCCUUGAAAAUAACCGGCACAUUAUCCCGGCUGACUUGUUUUCUCGCUCACAACGGCCAAAGACUGCGGAUGGUAUAACAAUGAGUCGAGAGAGAUGUGCUCAUGGUGUUGCGGCGAUCACUGGUGAACAAAGGUGGAAUAAUGGAUCUCUGGACGACACUGGAACUUCUCCCCCAAAGCCCAAGAUUAGCUGGGGUGCCACGACGGUCAACCGUAAGCUGCAGGAGCAGGUUCUCCGAGAGGUCUUCAGUCCUCCUGCCAUUCACCAUCACCGGCGUCAUGCUCGAGGCCACACCGCAUUACCAAGAAUGUCCUCGGACAGUGUUACACGCAGGAGGGCUAACUUGUCGGAGGAUCACACUGCUAGUAACCGUCGCAAUGCAUCCGUUCCCAAUGAGCCACCACGGUCUGUUGCCAUAGAUAUCACUAAACAAACAGGUGACGGCCCCGGCUUAUCAUCGUCAGCGUCUACCGCGUUAGACUCGAACCAUAACCGCCUCGAACAAAUUCGAACAGAAGAGUCCCAGCCACGCUCUAGCUCUGUCUCGCGGUCUCGCCGGGUAAGGCGCCGUCAUUCAGGAAGUGGCUUACAAAGACGACGGAGCAUGAGCCCGGGUAAGAAAGACGGCGAGCUCAUGUUCUUCGAAGACGACGGGUAUGGCGGUGAUGGAGAGGACGAGAUAUUCUCUAUGGAAGCGGAUGCUCAAAUGGUGCCGUCAGUUCCUCAGAGUGUGAAGCCACCCAACCUUGAAGCCUUGAAGGCCGAUACAGCCGAUGCAUUACAAGCUGAGGAUGGCUCUGUUGCCGAUAUGCUGCCGAAAGAUCCCAUCCUUGUUCAACCAAAAGAGGACAAUCGCUUCCUCCUUCCUUCCAAUCCCAAAGAGGCACAGACACGAAAGGAUGAACGUGUGCAGUUUUUCUUGCUAUUAGAAGACCUCACUGCUGGCAUGAACAAGCCUUGCGUCCUCGAUCUCAAAAUGGGAACACGCCAGUACGGAAUCGAAGCUAAUGAGAAGAAAAAGAAAUCUCAAAGGCGAAAGUGCCAGUCAACAACCUCUCAGCAGCUAGGUGUCCGACUCUGCGGCAUGCAAUCCUGGAAUGUGAAGAAGCAGGAAUAUACAUUCGAAGACAAGUACUUCGGUCGGGAUCUAAAGUCAGGGCGUGAAUUCCAGGACGCUCUCACCCGGUUCCUCUACGAUGGUGUCAGCUAUACCAGCGUGGCUAAGAAAAUCCCUGUCAUCCUUGAAAAACUGUCCAAAUUGGAGAAUAUGAUCCGAAAGCUGAAACGGUAUCGGCUUUAUGCUAGUAGUCUUUUGAUCCUUUAUGAUGGCGAGCAGUCUUCCCCUGAGAAGAUUCCACAGGAGGAUGACAAGAGUGUUGACAGCAAGCGAAUUCCAUUGCAACGCCGUACCUCUGAUGAGGGACAUAAUAACAUGGACGUUCAGCUGAAGAUCGUCGACUUUGCAAACUGUGUCACUGGAGAAGAUGAGCUUUCUCCGGAUGCGCCUUGCCCCCCACAUCAUCCGGAUGAUAUCGACCGCGGUUAUCUUCGUGGCCUACGGACCCUCAGAAUGUACUUCCAGCGCAUCCGAAAGGAGCUCACCCAGGAUGAAUAUAUUGAACGAGGAGAGGGCGAGGCCAUUGCUCUAAGAUCCCAGGUGUCUGGCCAAGAGGACUUGUCCGAUCGCUACUGGGAUGAAGGAGUGGUGGAAAGCGAUCCGGGUGAAACUGACGACAAAAUGUCUCCGUUUAAUGGUCGCGACUCAUCUAUUGAUAAACGAGACUUUGACACAAACCGUCCAUUACUGGCUACCUAUGACUCCGGUGGAGAUACAGAGGGUAGAGAUAUACACUCGCGACCGGAAUCUAGGAUCUCUACACGCCGUUAUAGUGACGGCGAAGACGGUCUCUUGAACGAUGUUGUUGAAGAAAUAGUCGAAAGGGAUCGCCGCAGGCUGGCUAAGGAAGUGGUACGGAUAUGUAGCUUUGCCUUGGGGGUAGUAACCUGCUUAGGAGCUGGUAGCAUCACUGCGUUCUCCUUGUACGGCCCCUUGUUUCUUACCCGUCUUCAUUACACUCAGCUCCGAGUAAAUGCUGUAUCGAUUGCUGCUGGUGUGUCGAUGUAUCUUCCCGUCUCAAUCUUCGGAUACCUUUGUGACCGGUAUACCCCGUCGCCGCUGGCUUUGUUUUCCGGCACGGUUUUUGGAAUAGGCUACCUUUUGGCUGCAAUCGUGUAUAAGAACGGUCCACCUCCAGAUGCAGGUGGAAAUGGGUACCCUUUCUGGGUGAUGGUAGUAGCUUUCGUGUGCGUCGGGACCGCCACAAGCUGUAUGUACUUGGCCGCAGUCACGACCUGUGCCAAAAACUUUGGCAGGGGCAAACACAAGGGCAUUAUGCUUGCCAUCCCCAUAGCUGCUUUUGGCCUUAGUGGCAUGUGGCAGAGCCAAGUGGGUACUUACCUUUUGUAUGAACGGUUAGAAGAUGGCAGCCGUGGCGAUGUAGAUGUCUUCCGAUACUUCAUUUUCCUCUCCGCACUGCUCUUUGGUAUUGGUGUCAUUGGGACUUUUGGAUUACGGAUUGUGGACGAGGAUGAGGAGAAAUACAUUGAUGAAGCAGUUGAAGAACUUGAGAGGAGUGGCCUGUUGGAAGAGAGCGAAUUCUUCCGGUCGAGAAGCGAGGUUAGAGCUGCCUACGGGACAUUCUCACAGUCCGAUAAUGGAGACGACGAAGAACGAACGCUAUCACUGACCCAAAGUGAGGAAGAGAGGGAAGCAGCAAGGCUCGAGAAAGAACGAGAGGAGGAGGAACGCAGGAAGAAAAACUGGCUAUUGAACUGGGAAACAAAGGUGUUUCUUCAGGAUCAUACGAUGUGGUGGCUUGCCUUGGGCUUCUUCUUGGUUACUGGACCGGGUGAAGCAUACAUCAACAACCUGGGUACUGUGGUCGGAGCACUGGGCCCAGAGUCAAGCUCUUCCAAUGUUCCUUCACCUGCCGGCAAACCAUCUACUCAUGUCACAACUAUUGCGCUCACUUCAACAAUUGCCCGACUCCUCACAGGAUCCCUGUCGGAUUUCUUCGCACCCCCAGCAACCCAUCUUUUCCCAACCGACGCAGAAGCUGGGCGUUCCAGCUCACCGUCCGGCUCGAAGCGAGUUACUUUAUCCCGACUAACAUUCCUCCUCCCAUCCGCUCUUCUCCUCUCACUUGGGUAUCUUCUCCUCGCAUCCCCCUUUCCAGUCCAGCACCCGGAAUUGUCCCACAUAACCACAGGUCUUAUCGGCUUCGGUUACGGGAGCGCAUUCUCCCUCGUCCCCAUCAUCAUCUCCGUCGUCUGGGGUGUUGAGAACUUCGGCACAAACUGGGGUAUCGUUGCCAUGUUCCCGGCAGCAGGCGCUGCCCUGUGGGGCCUCGUCUAUUCCAGCUUUUACCAAGACGCCACGGAUGGAGGCAAUGGCUCGACGGACGGCCAGUGUCACGGCUGGAAAUGUUUUGGAUACUGGGCGUUGGGAUGUACGCUGAGCGUAUGGGUGGCCGUUGCUGCGUGGGGUGUCGCUUGGAGAUCUUGGAAGCGCAGAGGCGUUUCCGUUUGA